GAUACAUGGCAAACCGAAAUUUUUGCAGAAUUGAUUGUUACAAGCAACUAACACACAUUUUAAUCAUCACAAAAAACAAAGGUAAACAAUAAGCAAAGGAACCUUAUAAAAGGACACAAUCGUAAUUUAGCAUCGAAAAUGAUGUAAGUAAACUUCUUAACCAUUAAACACACACAACUGUAGACAGUUAAAAUUUUAAUUAAACUAAUUUAAACUUAACCUAAUUAAAUUAAUUAAAUUUACUUAAAUAAAAAAAUAAAAAAUAAAUUAAAAAAUUAAAUUGUAAUUUAAUUUGGACCUCCCUUUUUAAAGAGCUUAAAAAUCUAAACACUCUCAAACCUCACACACCCUCUCCCUCUCACCCUCCUCAGCUCUCAACUCCCCCAAAUUUUCUCUCUCUUCUUUCUCUCUCUAAAAAUACAUUCACAACAACACCAUCAAAGAAGAGUUUUAAGCAAGAACAAAAUAAAGACUUUUAUUUUGUUGAAAGAUUAUUAUUAAAAAUGGAGGCUCCGGAUUUUUUCGUGGAGGAUUUGCUAGACUUAUCCAACGGUGGUGAUGAAAUGAUGACCGACGCUUUCUUCGACACCGUCACUGGAAAUUCCACUGAUUCUUCCACUCUUACUCCGGCCUCCGAUAGCUGCACUUCCUCCGUCUCUUGCGCCCCGUCUUUCCCUGACUCUUAUUUUUCCGGGGCCGACUUAUGUGUUCCGUAUGAUGAUAUGGCGGAGCUGGAAUGGCUAUCGAAUUUCGUGGAGGAAUCCUUCUCCACCGACGACUUGCACAAACUCCAAUUCAUUCCCACCAACCCACAACAGCCCGGCCCGGCCCGACAAGGUGGCCCGAACCCACCGACAACAGUCCCGGGGAAGGCCAGGAGCAAGCGGUCUCGGGUGGCCCCGUGCGACUGGUCCACCCGGCUCCUAAUGGUCUCCGCGCCCUCCCCGGCUACGUCUUCAUCCAAUAGUGGACCGAGCACGGGGGCGAAGAAGCAGCCGUCAAUGACGAAGAGGAGGGAUAGUGGUGGGCCCGAUAACGGGCCCGGGGAGGUGCGGAGGUGCCUGCAUUGCGCUGCGGAGAAAACUCCGCAGUGGAGGACCGGGCCUAUGGGCCCGAAAACAUUGUGCAAUGCUUGUGGGGUUCGGUACAAGUCGGGCCGGCUCGUGCCCGAAUAUAGACCGGCUGCAAGCCCGACAUUCGUGUCAGCCAAGCACUCGAACUCGCACCGGAAGGUGAUAGAGCUUCGACGACAAAAGGAGGUUCAAAGACACCAACAACCACACCACCACCACCAACAACAGCAGUACAUUGGUGGUGGUGGUCAUCAUAUGAUGAUGAGUGGCGGCGGCAGUGGCGAAGAUUACUUCAUUCAUCAUCAUCAUUUGGGAGGGACUGAUUACAGGCAGAUGAUAUGAUAAUAUACUUAAUUUUUCAGAGUAAUCACAUAAGUAAUGUGGUUUAAAUUUAAAUUAGUGCAGUAAUUUUUGAUUAUUAGAAUGGCUUCCUCUCAAUUUUCCCUGAUUUUUGACAAUUUUAGAACAAAAUUUACCUAGAGUUAAUCAAGUUAAAUUAGAAACAUUUUUUCUUUACUAGUAUAUUAUUGUCCCCUUUUUCUUCAUAUCUUUAUUUAAUGCGGGAAAAUAAGGAGAAAAAUAGAGCUAAUUAGUUGCCAAACUAAAGGAAAGAGGAAAAUUCUCAUCGUCACUCUUGUAGUAGAGAAAGAGUACUCUAUUAAAUGUCGUUUAGUCUGUAUUUUUCUACUUUUUUUAAGUUAACAUUUUGUUAUCCUUCUUGCCCAAUUUGGCAAUUUAAAUGAAGAGUUUGAAUAGUUGAAAUUCACAAA